AGUUCGUGUACAAGAGAGGGGAGGGAGGAGAGAGAAACAGUCGCCUUCAAAAAUGGCGUCUUCAAGGGAAAAUGACUAAUAAUAUGAAAAAACCGAGGCCGCGAUCUCAAAUGCUAGUAGUAUUAAAUCGGAUGCAUGAAGUUGGUCGUUUGUAGAGUAGCGGAUCAUCGUCUCUUUCUCAAAACGCGAAAACAAAGGGAGGACGAAAAUAUGAAAAUAGAGCAACACCAUCUUAGUCGGAUGCGUCGACAGGGCUAGCUCGAUGCUAGCUAGCUCACAACAAUUUUUUGGGGUGGGAUAGAAAUGUUGCAUGCCAUAGCGAAAUGCAUUAUGUUUACACUUACUCCUUAAUUCGCGAAAGUGUUUGCUUCAGAUUUUAGACUAUAAUGUAUUAACCGUUAAUUCAGCCUGUGUGCGUAGCCAUUUAGCUUACCUUUCGACUCAAGUAAAGUAAGCGGAGAGACACAGGAGAGGCGGAGGAAAGGACGUGUACGGUCAUAUGUGUACAUCAGUAAUUUAUUGGCCUCCGAAUUGCAUUUCAGUAUCUUUUUUGCGCCACAUCUAUGGAUUUUUGUAGAUAAUGGUUUUUCCGUAAAGGUAAGAGAGGGAGAGGCAGACAGGAGGAAGUGUUUAUUAUUAUUAUUUGCAGAGGACGGUGAACAGCCCCUCUACUACCCUCUCCUCCAUUUCUCUCCCUCUCAAUAUGCCGUGUUUCCUCUCGCAUGGAUUUGCUUUUUUAGAGGAGGAUAAUGUACAGAACCUGACAGUCACGAAGACCUAGUCGUGCAGUCGGGAUUAUUGGAACCCGCGUUCCGCUGCUUCCAUCAGCUCUCUCGCACAUAUUUCACUAAUGGAUAGAAAUUACCCGGGAGCGGGCUUUGGUGAUCUUGGCGCUGGGGCAGGAUGGAGCUAUGAGCGAUCUGCAAAGGCAAGCCUGGUCUAUGGCAGCUCCAGGUCGUCCCACCCUGAGUCGGACCUCCUGCAUCGGCAGGCCUACGCCUCACCACACCCCUUGCAGGGCUAUGCAACCAACCAUCAUCCAGGUAGCUCUGGUCAGGGCGCAGCGUGGGGCGCCUCUGCCCGGAGUUUGGGCUUGUCGGGGCUGUUUGAUGCUGGACUGCACCAUGCCAGCCCCUCUGGUGCAGACGCCUCGGUGAUGAACCUGAUCUCGGCGCUGGAGUCGCGUGGCCCCCAGCCCGGUCCUUCCGCAUCCUCCCUCCUCUCCCAGUUCCGCACACCCUCAUGGCAGACCGCGAUGCACGCCCCGGCCCCUGCUGAGCUCUUCAUCUCUGGCGCCAUUCCCGGCUCGGGCUCCUUCCCGUCCUCCUCGGCGCUGUCUGCGUACCAGCACCCAGCCUCCUUCUCUGGCCGCUCCUUCCCCGGUGUGUCCCUCCAGGACACCCCCACCUUCAGCCCCACCUCCAACGGCCUGCUGUCCCCCCACGACCCGCUCCUGCACAUCAAGACGCAAUCGCAGUCCAGUCUGGGCUUCGACCGCCUGCUGUCGUCGCAAGGGGCCGCGGCUGCAGCGGCGGCGUAUCGCGGGGGACACGACCCCACAGGGGGCGGCGUGACCUCGGCUCAGGCGUCGGCCUCGGCCCAGGCGCGCCACCUCCAGUCGCAUCAGUUCAACCUGCUGUCGUCCCAGCUGCAGGACCAGUCCUCUCAGUUGUAUGGCGCCUCUGUGUUCUCCUCCGCGCCUGCACCCCCUCCACCGCCGCAGCCCACGCCCCCACAGGAGCGCACAGUGCCGCGGCAGGACAGCGUCAUCAAGCACUACCAGAGGCCCAGCUCUGCACAGGCGGUGGCUGCACCCCCGCCUCCCUCCUCCUCCACGCCGCACCCCCUCCAGCACUACCUGAGCAGCUGUGGGGUGGCAGGAUACCCGCAGCAGCAGGCGGCCCCGACGUCUCACUCCCGACACGGCGGAGGAGGAGGAGGAGGAGGCGGUGGGGGAGGGGGAGGGGGUGGAGGAGGUCUCUCCUCCUGCAGCCCCUUGCAGGAGCACAGCCCCUCGGGCUCGGACCAUAAGCCCUCCCCCCGCAUCGAGCAGUACCGGCCCAUCAUCCAGCCGUCAACGUACCCCUCCUCUUCCUCCACCGCUUCCUCUGCUGCAGGUGCUGGAGGAGGAGCAGCAGCAGCAGCAGCAGCAGGAGGAGGCAAGGCGACAAAGAGCAACUCCAGCAGUGGCUACUCCUCCUCUAGCUCGGCGGGAUCAUCCUCCCGCACCCCUCACACUCCUCCGUCGGCUUCCUCCGCAUCCUCCUCUUCCUCAUCCUCUUCCUCGGCUGCUCGUCCCUCCAACUCCAUCCCCACGUCCAAUUCCACGCCUGCGCCCUCCAGACAGCAGCCGCCUAGUGCCCAGUCCCAGCAACCCCCGCCGCAGACGCACACCCAGUCCAAUGUGCCAACCUCCUCCAACUCCACACAGCAGCAGUCCCUCUCCAAGUCCUCCUGUCUGUCUGGCUAUCGCUCCCCAGUGGCCUCGGUCAAGCCCUCUGCUGGCCCCGGCAGCCUGACAGGACAGACGCCCCCCCAGCCUCAAUCCCAGCAGCAGUCUUACUCCCCCGGUCAGCCCCCGUCCUCCCACCUCUCCCAGUCCUACGGAGGUUUCAGCUCCCCGCAGGCCCACGACCUGCCCUCCGCCCGGUCCUCUGGCGUCAGCAAGGGCUACGGGACCAUGGGGAGCCAGUCGUACUCGUCCGAUUCUGUCUAUGGGGCGGAUUCGGGGUACGGGUCGCUCCCGCCCUCCCUUGGGGGUGCUGGGAGUCCCCAAAUGGGAUACGGGGCUGCGGGACACUCCCCUGCUCUCCUGCGCUCGGGUGCGGGUGGUGGAUCUGGCAGUAACAGUGGAGGGAGUGGAGGGGCUGGGGACGGGAGAAGCGGAGCUGGCGGCGGCGGUGGUAGUGGUGGCAGUAGCUCUUACCACAUCCCCGACUCCAGCCCUUCCCCCUCGGGGAAUUCCGGAAUCAUCCGGCCUGGCCUUCACUCUCCGGCGCCGUCCAGGCCUGUCCAGUCGCCUGUUGGCGCCGGCUCCAACAAGUACCUAUCCUCAGUCCUGUCCCCUUCCUUCCUACCCUCGCCACAGGGGUACCCUGAUACACGGGCGCCCCGUUCCCAAUCCUAUCACCCCCAGUCCAAGUCCAAGUCAGACGCUGGUAUGCUGGGAGUGACCGACAGGGCACCUCCCCCUCCUCCAGAUGACGAUGAUGAGGAGGACUUCCUAAUCCAGCACCUCCUGCAGUCCCAAAGCCCUGCGGCUCCACCACAGGCCUCCCAUCACCACCAGUCCCAGUCGGCUCAGCAGCAGCAGACACGGCAACCACAGUCCCAGCAGACGGUCGCCUCGAGCCAGGACGCCAACAAAAGCCUCGCCUAUGAGAGCGCCAAUAAGAGGUCUCUAUACGAGAGCGGUAACAAGAGCCUCUCCUACGAGGGUGCUAGUAAGGGGUCGUUAUACGGCAGUGCUAGUAAGGAGUCGUUAUACGGAAGCGCUAGUAAGGAGUCUCUAUACGACAGUGCUAGUAAGGGGUCUUUAUACGAGAGCGCUAAUAAGGGUUCUCUAUACGACAGCGCUAAUAAGGGUUCUCUAUACGACAGCGCUAAUAAGGGAUCUCUGUACGAGAGUGGUAAUAAGGGUUCUCUAUACGACAGUGCUGGUAAGGGGUCUCUAUACGACAGCGCUAGUAAGGGGUCUUUAUACGACAGCGCUAGUAAGGGGUCUCUAUACGACAGCGCUAGUAAGGGGUCUUUAUACGAGAGCGCUAGUAAGGGGUCUCUAUACGACAGCGCUAGUAAGGGGUCUUUAUACGACAGCGCUAGUAAGGGGUCUCUAUACGACAGUGCUGGUAAGGGGUCUCUAUACGACAGUGCUGGUAAGGGGUCUCUAUACGACAGUGCUGAUAAGAGUCUUGCUUAUGAGAUGAGCAAGAGUUCCGAGGAGCGCUACCACCUCCAGAGUGUCAUCCGUACUCACAGUGCAACCUCCAACUCGCAAGGAGUCACGGGGGGUGCUGGGUCCGGCGCAGGUCUGGACAGUCAGCUAGAGAUGUCGCUGAAGAAGCAACAGCAUCAUAAGCAGCAUCAACAACAACAACAACAACAUCAUCAACAACAACAUCAGCAGCAGCAUCAGCAGCACCCUCAACAGAAGAGCAGCAGAUCAUUGAGUGACGGUCGGGGCGGUAGCACUGAGCAGAGCCACUCGCAGUCCUCACACCACUCACAACACGACGCUCUGGGCUCCGUGGUGCACUAUGGCCGAGGAGACCCCUAUUCACAGCACGCAGCCAUGUCUCAACACACGCCCACGGCGCAUCAUCAACAACAACAACAACAACAUGCGUCGCAGCAUAGCUCUCAUGGUUCCCAACACACCUCUUCGCACUCUUCCCACAGCUCGCAACACACAGCCUCGCACAACGCCCCGCAUACCCCAACGACCCAUCCGCACCUGCACGCCUCCCACCCGCAUAUGUCGGAGAUGCAGAAGAAGGAAGCGGCAGACAUGUCACCGUAUGUCUGCAAGACACCCGAGGUACCUCCGCAGCACCAUCACUCACACCAACACUCCCAGCAGCAUGUACAGCAACAACAACAACAACAACAGCAGCAAUCUCAACACCAUCACCAUCAACAGACUACAUCACAGCAUGCCCAACACCUAUCCUCACAGCAGUCCCACUCUCACCAAACGCAGUCUCAACUCCAUCAAUCCCAGUCCCGGCAAUCCCAGUCGCAAUCCUCCAUGUCCAUGAUGGACUCGCCCACCGACCAGUCCUCGAGACAGCCGCCACACCUGCUGCAGUCUGUCCUGUCUCACACUACGAGAAACAAGAUGGAAGCUCAGCAACAGCAACAGCAGCAGCAGCACUCGAUGAGUCAGCAGCAGGCCAUGAUGGAGGCGGCCAGCGGGGUGGUGUCCUCGGACAGUCAGGCCAGGCAGCAGACAUCCCAGCUGCAGCUCCAACUCCAGUCCCAGGCUUUGGAGGCCGCAGCAGCAGCAGCUGCACACUAUGGACAUGGCCGUGCGUCUCAGCAGCCGACGGCGGCUCAGCAGAACCAAGAGUCGUUUGAAAAGAAUCACAGGUCCAAGUCGUCCACGGUGUCUUCUCUGGACAUGCUGGAGCGUUCCCUUUCGAGAACGUCAAGCACGGAAGGAGGAAUGGGGGAUGAGACGGUGGGUAGAGGUAGUGGUGCUCGAGGUGGGGGUGGUAGCACAUCCAGCAUGGACCGGCACAGUACCUCCAGUAUGGAUCGACACGGUACAUCCAGUAUGGACCGACACAGAGCCCAGGAGCAACAGCAGAGACUAUCGUCCCACCAUAGCCAGCAACAACAGCAGCAGCAGCAGCAGCACCAUCACGCUUCCGAGCUCCACUCCUACCUGUCGGAGACUGACCUGGGCCUGUCUGCAGCCUCUGCCCAUGGUGGGCAUGGGCACGCUGGUCACCACAUGUCGACCCAUCAUCAGGGGGCUCCACAGAGCCACCCCAACUCCCACCACCCUCACCCCCACGCCCAGCAGCAUCCCGGAGCUCAGAGCCACUCUCACCACAUGUCUGCCCAGUCAGCAGCUUCUCAUCAGCAGCAAUCUCAGCAAGAAUCAAGCCACCCCUCCCAUCCUUCGCACCCCUCCCAUUCGUCACACGCCUCUCAACUCCAGCAGCAGCAGCAAGCGUCUUCUAUGGAUCAGCAGCAGAACCAAUCUGAUCACUUCGACACGAGAAGCCCGGCCGUCAAGUCCAGUGCCAUGCAGCAGAACCAGACGCACAACCACAACCAGAACCAGAAUCAGUCUGCUGCCCAACAGCAGCAGCAGCAGCAGCAGCAGAGUCAGAGGUACGUGCCUCUGCCCUCCAUUUGUUUCCCAGACUCCCUGCUGCCCGACGAGGAUCGGCCCUUCUUCCCGGGCAUGGAGGACAUGUUCUGCCCCGAGGAGUACAAGUCCAGCUGCCACGGCGGAGGAGAGGGGCAGGGGCAGGACGGUGUGGUGGGACACGGAGGCCACGGGGGCCAGGACGGCAUGGUGGAGGGCAUGAAGGUGGGCGGUGGAGCAGGAGCAGCGGGCGGUGGAGGUGGUCGAGGAGACGCUACUGCUGGCGGACAAGACUCAAGUGGGUACGACAUGCUCGGUCACCAUGCGGACCAGGGCUAUGGCCAGUACUGUCCUGACCUAUCCGCCGACUCCGACAGUGGAACCAUGCACCUUGACCUCGACUCGCUCAAGACACAUGAGUUGCCGUCGACGGUCAACACUGAGCAGCUAGGCCUGAUCCAGUCCCAGCCACAGGGGCUUGGCAUGGCCGGCGCCGGAUCCAUGAACGAUGGAGCAGGUAACAAGAUGAGCAACACCCCCGGGUCUGGAUUGGGUCCCGGCGGGCUCACCUCACCCAUCUUCUGCUCCUCAAGACCCAAGAAGCUCCUCAAGUCCAGCUCCUACCACCUACUGAAGGAGAGACCCGACCCCAACUCGCUGCCCAAGAAGAGCUACGCGCAGGAGUAUGAGUUUGAGGACGACGAAGACAAGGCUGACGUUCCGGCCGAUAUCCGUCUGAACAGCCGGCGCCUUCCAGAUCUGAUUCCGGACCUCGUCUCCAGCUGUCGGAAGUCCGGUGGUGCUGGUGGUGGUGCAGGAGGAAUAAGUGGAAGUGGGGGGAUGAACCCUAUGAUGGAUGACCUUGAUUUUGGAUACCUGGGCCCCCCACCACACCUGCUCCCCCACGACGCCCCCAAGAAACGCGGCCGCAAACCCACCAAACCCAAACGUGAAGGCCCACCUAGACCACGAGGUCGUCCGCGUAUACGCCCACUGCCCGAACCACACCUGUCCCGAAGCAUGAUGGGAGAGAUGGGUGCGACGUAUGUGCCGCCCGAGCGGGGUAGAGGUCGCGGGCGGGGCAGAGGUCGUGGUGGCAGAAGGGAAGACGCCAUGAUGGAGAUGGAGAUGGGGGCACAUAAGGAGCACAACCAGUUGUACCCCCCGCAACACAUGCAACAUCAGCAGAACCAUCCCCUUCACCAACAGCAGCAGCAGCAGCAGCAUCCACAUCAACAACAGCAUCCACAUCAACAUCAACAACACCAGCAUCACCAACAGCAACAACAACAGACAAUGCCCCCGCAUCAGCACCAGGAGCCUAUCAAGCCCAUUAAGAUCAAGUUGCCCAUUGGCUCAAUGUCGACGUCUGAUGCCUUGCUCCGUACGGACUCGCUGUCCGGCACGGACCAGGCGCUGUCAGACGGUUCUGUCGGGUCGGCCCCAUCCCUGGGCCUCAGUCCCGGCACCCCUGGGCCCCCUGAGCUGAACCGCACCCAGGAGAACAAGGGCCACAAGGCCAAGACCCAGGAGCUCAGGGAGGAAAAUGCCGACGACAAAGAGCCUGAGAAGGCCGGCUUCAUGGCCUCCUUCCUGGACUUCCUGAAAUCGGGCAAGAAGACGCCCGGAAUGCCCAUGCCCCCUCUCCCUGGCAUCUCCCCCGGCAAUGGCGACGCCUCCCCUGGCAAGACGGGUGGCGGUGGCAUCCGCCCCCUCUCCCCCCAGCCUCCUCCUCCCCCUCCCCCGCCUCCUCCAGCCUCCUCCUCGGGCUUCGGCGAGUCGGAAACGGACGGCGGGCUCUCGCUGGGCAGCUGUCCGAGCCCGUGUAAGCGAUUAGACGAAGAGCUGAAGCGCAACCUGGAGACGCUGCCGUCGUUCUCGUCGGAUGAGGAGGACUCCGUGGGCAAGAACCAGGACCUGCAGAAGAGCAUCUCCUCGGCCAUCUCCGCCCUCUACGACACGCCCCAGCUCAGCACCUCCUCUGCCCUGUCUGUUCCCUCCCUCGCACCUCCUCCGCCUCCUCCUCAACCCCAAGCUUUACCUCCUCAGGCCCCGCUCACCCCCACCCAGCAGCCUCCAGCGCUGAGCCCCCAGGCCCCGACACAUACGACACACGGGCAGACGACCGCGACGCACGGCCUGGGCCAACAUGCAGAGCCAGCCAUCUUGGAACGCGAGGAGGCCAGAGAGGAAGAGGAGGAGCAAGAUGAGGAAGAGGAGAUGGGACAGGAGGUGUCGGAACAGCAUUUACAACAGCAACAGCAGGAGCAGCAGCGACGAGAGGAACAUCGUCCACAGCAGCAGAAACAUCAGGAGGAACGAGAGGAGGAACAGAAGCAGAAAGAAGAUGAAGAUGAAGGACAAAAACAGGAGGAUGAGGAUGAUAAUGAAGAUGAGAAGGAGGAGCACAGGGUACCAGAGUUGGAGAUGCUGGGAGUUCCCAAAGUCGGAGACUCUCCUGAACAAACUCCACAGCAGCCAAUGCUCCGCGAUGGGCCCUCCUCCUCUUCACCUCCUUCCAGACUCUCUCCAUCCUCCACUCCUUCGUCUUCUCCCUCUCCUCCGCCACUCCCUCCGCUGUCCCUCCCAUCCCCCGUCCCUCACAAGGAGGAGGAGGAGGACGAGAAGGAGAAGGAGAAGGAGAAGCCGAAACGCCUGCAGAAGCCUAAGAGGGAGAAGUCCAAGUCCAAGUCCAACUCCAUCGCCUCUUCUCCUCCUCCCCCGAGCCCUCUGGCUCCCUCACUCCCCGUCCUCUCUCCUACGCCAGCACCCCGCCCUUCAUCUCCCCCUCCGCAGCCAGACGGCCCCGCAGGAGAAGGAGAGAGGGAUGAAGAGGAGAAUGAGGAAGAGGAGAAGCCGCAGGAGGACGAGGAACGGCAAGAGAAGAAGAAGGUGGAGAGGAAGAGGAAUGCUCGUAGGGUUGCCACUAAGGCGUCCAAGGUUACGAAGGCUACAAAAGCCACCAAAUCUCCCACGGCCACCAAAGCCACCAAACCUCCUCCCAAAGCCACCAAACCCCCUCCCACGGCCACCAAAGUCACCAAGCCUCCUCCCACGACCAUCAAAGUCACCAAGCCUCCUCCCACGGCCACCAAAGUCACCAAGCCUCCUCCCACGACCAUCAAAGUCACCAAGCCUCCUCCCUCGCCCCCACCUCCAGAGCCAGCAGCUCCCCCUAGUCCCGCCGCCUCCUCAUCCUCCUCCUCCUCUUCAUCAUCCUCCUCUUCCUCCUCCUCAUCCUCUCCUCCAUCUCCCUCCUCACCCGCAACGCAAUCCCAGCCCCCAUCCCCGUCGCCCCCACCGUCCCCAUCCUCGACCCGUGCAGCACCCCUGAAGAGCUACUCGAGGGGGUCGUCUGCGGCCCCCUUGGCACCGCCGGAGUCUCCCGAGGAGCCCCCCACGCCGCAGCUCCUCCCGCUGCACCUGGCCCAGAAACAGAGCGGCGCGGCUAUCGCCGGGGAGAGCGAAGAGGACGAGGAGGAGAGCGGCGGAGAGGGCAUCUUCCGGGAGAGGGACGAGUUUGUGGUGCGCUGUGAGGACAUCAAGCAACUCAAGGUUGCGCUGCAGACGGGUCGCGAGCCGCCCCCCAUCUGGCGUGUGCAGAAGGCCCUGCUGCAGAAGUUUGCGCCCGAGAUCAAGGAUGGCCAGAGGCAAUUCUGUGCCACCAGCAAUGUAAGUUAUUUGGGCUACUUUGGUGACGCGAAGAAACGGUACCAGCGGCUAUACGUGAAGUUUCUGGAAAAUGUCAACAAGAAGGACUACGUGAGGGUGUGCUCCCGCAAGCCAUGGCACAGACCCUCUGGCUCACUCAGGCGCCAAUCUCUCCACCGGAUGGCCUCUCCUCCCAACAACCAGACGGCCCCUCUGCCAGAGAUGGAGAGAGAGGAAGAGAAAGACAAGGAGAGGGACAAGAAGGAGGAGCAGGAGGAGGAGGAGGAGGAGGAGAAGGAGAAAGAGAGAGAGACGAGGUCGAGAGAUAACAGCAGAGAGACGCGGGAGACCAGUAGGGAGACACGAGAGAAGAGCAACACCAAGGACAAGGAGCGCGAGCAGAGAGAACAGCGCGAGCAGCGGGCGGCCGAACGGGUGGAGAGGAUAAAGGAGAGGGAGAGAGGGAAAGAAAAGGAAAGAGUGGAGAAGGAGAGAGAGAAGGAGAAGGAGCGAGGAGAGAAGGAACGAGAGAACCGGGAACCGAGAGAGACCAGGGAAAGAAGAUCGCAACCGGCAGCUGAGAAGAGGUGCGCACAGCCAGCGGCGGAAGAGAGCGGUGCGCUGCCGGUUCCCGAGAAGAAGAGCGCGCCAACGGCCACGGAAAAAAGGAACGCACAGCCUGCUGCCGAGAAGAGGAGUGCACAACUCGCCGCAGAGAAGAGUGCACCACCUGUUGCGGAAAAGAAGAGUUCGCCAUCUGCCGCAGAGAAGAAGAGUGCGCAAACGGUUUCAGAAAAGAAGAGCGCAGAAAAGGUUCCGGAGAAGAAGAGUCCGCAGGUAACUCAAGAAAAGAAGAGUGCGCAAACGGUUUCGGAAAAGAGAAGCGCACAGGCAGUCUCGGACAAAAAGAGUGCACAGGCAAACGCUGAUAAGAAGACCGCACAGGCAAAUGCCGAUAAGAAGAGUGCACAGCCUCCUGCUGAAAAGAAGAGCUCCCCAACGGUUACGGAAAAGAAGAGUACAGCACAGGCAGCUCCGGAGAAAAGGACUGCACAGUCUGGUCCAGAGAGGAAGACGGCACAGCCUGUUGCGGAGAAAAGGAGUGCACAGCCUGCCGCGGAGAAGAGGAGUGCAGCACAGGCCCUCUCGGAAAAGAAGAGUUCACCUGCCGUUCCUGAAAAGAGAAGUGCACCAUCCAUCCCGGAGAAGAAGAGUGCAACAGCCGUCCCGGAGAAAAAGAGUGCACAGCAGCCCGUCACGGAGAAGAGAGGCGCCCCGGCCGACAGGUCGAAAGCCAAGGAGGACAAGAGAGGAGGUGGUGGAGUGGGUGGUGGUGGUGUAGGAGGAGUAGAGAGGAGAUCGGAGCGUCCCUCCAAGCCUGCCCCAGUGAAGUCUCCCAAGGCUGCCGAGCCGCCCCCCAAGGCUGCUGAGCCGCCCCCCAAGAAGAGGAAGUGGGUGAAGGAGGUCCCCUCCUCAUCCUCGUCAGACUCAUCCGCCAGUGAAGACGAAGUCUCGGUGCGGGGAGGUUUGAAUACGCGUGCCAUGCGGGAGAUGUUCCGCAGCUAUGUGGAGAUGCUGGUGAGCACGGCACUGGACCCAGACAUGAUCCAGGCCCUGGAGGACACCGAAGAUGAGCUGUACCUCCCGCCCAUGCGGAAGAUUGACGGCAUCCUCAGCGAACAGAAGCGGAAGCUCCUAAGAAGAGUCAACAUGAGCUCCCAACAUCAGGAAGUCCUUCACAGCUUCCCUCAGAUCUCGGCGGACACGCUGGGCUCGGGGUCGGUGCGGGUCCGUCUGGGAGGGGAGGGUUACAAUCGCAAAACCCUCAACCGCAUCAAGAAGACUCUGCCCAAGCCACAGGACCUUAAACUGUCGACGGACACGUGUCGUAUCUACAGCCUAUAUCAUUCUCUCCAUCAUUAUAAAUACCACACAUUCCUACAUUGUAAAAAAGAGACUGACAGUAUAGAGCAGGCGUCUGAGGACCCUGGCCAGGAGGAGGUGGUGCAGCAGUGUAUGGCCAACCAGAGCUGGCUAGAGACGCUCUUCAACUCCUUCAUCGAGCUGAUGGCCCUCAGCACUAAGGCCUGAUGCAGAGAGAGAGCGAGGAGGAGGAGGACGCCAGAACACUGAGCCCCAGUGCUGCCCUCUACUGGUCUGGGCGAAACAGUGCAGGGACUCUCGCACAAAAAGGACUUCCGAGGACAAGGAGGAGGCUUUGAAGUAAAUCAUGAACAGAAGAUAAAAUAAGACAAAAGAACAAAAUCAAACGGUUGAGAGAUUAGGAAGCUGCUGCCAUGCCUUGAAAUGGAAUACAAUAUUCAAAAGAAUUCAUCAACUUGACUUCAAGACAAACAUCAGAACAACAUAACAAUGGGUCGUAAAAUAUAUGCUUUUUGCGUUGGCUUUUUUAACGGAUUCUUACUGCUUCAGCACCUGACAAGAAAAUGGCAGGGGGGAGUGACAGUGGAAUGGUUAAUGAAGAUUAUGGUAUCUCCUCCCUCCCCCCUCCCUUUCCACAUUGGUACACACCUGGAGACUCGAAUACUGACAGGAGAGGAAGAGACCAAUGUUGAAAACAGGAGCCGACGCAUUCAAAAAGAUAUCCAACUCAGAAUAGGACAUGGAGAACAAAAACAAGGAUGAAUGGAGGAGCGAUUGGUGUUUUUUUUAAUGGCAUGUUGCAAAAAAAGGAGGAAAAAGAAAAUAAAAACAAUGAUGCAAAUAGACUUGAGAAAUGAUAAAGGCACUGUGAACCAGGAUAGUCAAGGAAUCACAUUUUUUGAUGAUGCAACAGGAGACCUGUUUUCUGUUAAUCUUUCAUUUUGUUGUUUUCGUUUUUGCUUUUGUGGGCCACUGUGAGUCGAGUUUGAUUCACUAUGCGUUCUAUUACUGACAAAAAAAAAAGAGUGAAAUGGUUCCGAUCAACGGCUAGAGUGUGAGUCUGUUACUGUUUUACACAGAAUUAUUUUUUAAAAAUAAUAAUAAUAAUAAUGUUUUUUCCUGCUCAACGAGUGACACUAUGAAUUAGAGCAGGUGAAACUGGUAGUGUUUCUAAUGACGAGUGACGUGAGGAGAGGAUGCAGUGAGAUUUUGAAUAUGAAACUUGGAGUGGACUUUGUGCUGGGGUGUCGGGGUGGGAGAGGGGGAGGGCCGGGGAUGAAUAUGUAUGGACAUUCAAAGCUUCAGGCAAUGUGAGUGCUGUGUAUGAUGUAGUAUAAUACUGUACACGCAUUUUUAUUAUUUAUACCGAAAACAAAAAGACGUUUUUAACAGGAACUCACAGAGAAUCACAUUCAUUAGCGUUUUGAAGUAACGUUUCUUUUUGUUUUGUUUGUUUUGUUUUGUUUUCGUUUGGUUAUUUUGUUUGUCUCCAAAGGUUACAAAUGAAAUGCUUUUAUUUUGCCACGUUUCCUAGCUUUUUGCCUUUCCGCUCUGCACGAAGGAUUCGCAUACAAGGAGGACUUAAAAAGUGGCAUCCGUUAUGAGUGUUUUUUGUUUCCUUUUUUAAAAAAAAUGAAAUAAUAUGAGGUUAUAUGGAGAAAGAGAGGAAAACAACUUAAAUAUAUUUGAAAACUAAACAGCAUUGUAGGCUAUAAUUUUCAGUCUCUCAUUCAUCCAUUCAUUCAUUUAAAUCAAAAAAUGAAAUAAAAAUUAUGGUUGUAAGAGAGCUUUGAAAAGCAUUCUGCUCCCACUAGGGAUGGUUUUAUGUACGCAUAAUAUUUAAGGACAUUUUCAUUUUAUUCUGCUUGUUGUUUGUUGGUAUCAUGAGUAUUAUUUUGGAACAAUCUUAAUAUUUCUGUUCUUUGUUUUUUUUCCCCUGAUAAAAAGCCUUGUGUAAAUAUUGUACAGCUUCUGCCACAGCCCUCCUGCUUCUCCUGUACAUGGACUAUUCCUUGUAAUUUGACAAACAAAUAAAAAAAAAAACAUUCAAAGUGGAGAAAACA